UGAGGGGUGUCCGUCCGCUCUGUACGGAGGGGGGCCGAGCUCUGGCUCUGCAGUUCCUCUUCUGUGAACACCUGGGUCUCGUGUUCCUCCCCGGCUUCCCGUGGGUCUCCCCGCAGCCUUACCUCCCUCUCUCCUUCCCCUUCUCUUUUCACACACAGGACGCCCAGAAGCCCUCCGUCUCAGAGAUGCUGCCGCUGCUGCUGUCCCUGCUGUGGGCAGGGUCCCUGGCUCAGGACAGAGAAUACCGGCUGGAAGUGCAGGAGUCCGUGACGGUGCAGGAGGGCCUGUGUGUCCGCGUGCCCUGCUUCUUCCACCAUCCCUGGGUCUACUGGGACGACUCUGUCCCAUCUUUCGGCUACUGGUUCCAGGAAGGGGCCAGAACCGACCAGGAUCGUCUAGUGGCCACAAACGACCCAGGUCGUGGGGUGCUGACGGACACCCAGGGCCGAUUCCACCUCCUUGGAGACCCCUGGACCUACAGCUGCUCCCUGGACAUCAGAGAUGCACGGCAGGGAGACACGGGGACAUACUUCUUUAGGGUGGAGAGAGGGCCUUUUGUGAAAUAUAAUUAUUUAGAGAACAAGCUCCGCCUGCAUGUAACAGCUCUGACACAGACACCCGACAUCCACGUCCAGGGGACCCUAGAAUCUGGCCUCCCCAGG